AUGUUUCACAAUACUUUUCAAAGUGGCCUUUUGUCCAUUUUAUAUAGUAUUGGCAGUAAACCAUUGCAAAUUUGGGAUAAAAAGGUACGAAAUGGUCAUAUAAAACGUAUAACUGAUGAAGAAAUUCAGUCGCUGGUUAUUGAGAUUAUUGGUACGAAUGUCAGUACGGCAUAUAUUUCGUGUCCACUUGAUUCAAAUAAAACUCUUGGAAUAAAACUGCCAUAUUUGGUGAUGAUUGUAAAAAAUUUGAAAAGAUAUUUUACAUUUGAAGUACAGAUAUUGGAUGAUAAAAGAGUGAAACGUCGCUUUCGAGCCUCCAAUUAUCAGUCAAAUACUCGAGUUAAGCCAUUUAUUUGUACAAUGCCAAUGCGUUUGGAUGAAGGCUGGAACCAGAUUCAAUUUAAUUUAGCUGAUUUCACAAAACGAGCCUAUGGAACGGCAUAUGUUGAAACUCUUAGAAUUCAGAUUCACGCCAAUUGUCGAAUUCGGAGAGUAUACUUCGCUGAUCGUUUGUAUUCGGAAGACGAACUUCCUGCUGAAUUCAAAUUGUAUUUGCCCAUUCGAGGAAACGCUUCUAGUGGAAUUCGUUUGCUCGAAGAUGACGAAACCCCAACUAUUGCAGCUUAA